CAGGUUAGUAAGAAACCCAGGAGAGUAAUGAAGACCUGAGCUUCACCCUCAGAGCUGCUGCUGCUGUUGCUGGAAGUGAACACUGAAGACCAACCUUCUUCACUGUAAUUAAAGCUUGGAACGUUCGUUCAUAAUAUGAAGAUGCUGAUGACUUUGUUCCUCUUCCUUAUUGGGAGUCAAACUUCAGUAACUCAGACACCUGCCCCUACAUCUGCAGAUAUUGUCCUUUUGGUUGACAGCUCUAAUAGCCUGGGAAACAAGGCAUUCCCCUCUAUGAAGUCUUUUAUUAGCAAAAUGAUCGGUCAUUUAACAGCAACUCCUAACCAAUACCGUAUCGCGCUUGCCCAGUACAGUGAUGAUUUGCAUGUUGAAUUUCUGCUGGACACCUAUAAAGCAAAGAACCCAAUGCUGAAUUAUGUAAAAAAAAAUGUUGUAUUCAAGGGUGGUUCAGUAAAAACUGGCAAUGCCCUUCGAGAAGUUCACAAGACCUUUUUCAAAGGACCAGCUAGUGGAAGAGACAAAGAACGAAUUCUGGUAGUCUUGACUUCAGGGGCAUCAGAGGAUGCUGUAGUAGAGCCUGCCAAGAUCUUGAAAAGUGAUGGGGUAAAAAUCAUAGCCAUGGGGAUUCAGGAUGUUUCUCCUGAAGAAUUGCAGUCAAUGGCUACACCUCAAUUUUCUUAUAAGUUUCGCACAGUGAGGGAUCUCAGUAUGUCUUCUCAAAACCUGACCAAGAUCAUCGAGGAUGUUAUUCAAACAGAUAUUAAUGGCAUAAUACCAACAGAUAUAACAGUUCCUGAGAGAGAAGUUUGUAAGAGUGAUUCCGUUGCUGAUAUUGUGUUCAUAGUAGAUGAGGGUGUUUCAAAACCAAAAGCUGAAGAUAUUAAAAAGUUCCUGCAAGAUACAGUUUCCUUUCUUGAUGUGAGGAAGAAUUGUACAAAGAUUGGCCUAGUGACAUACAGCAGUGAGUCACAUGUUUUAUCUUUAUUGAGCGAAGAAACAAACAAAACUACUAUUCUGCAGAAAAUACAGGACUUUUCUCCAAGGGAAGGGAAGGCCAACACCGGUGCUGCCAUUAAGGUUACAAGGCAAAGAGUCUUCUCUGGAAGCAGAAAGGCCCAAGGGAUAGAGCAAAUAGCCAUUCUGAUCACGCACAGACCCUCUGAAGACAACGUAAGUGAGGCAGCUCAUGAUCUUCGGAGAACUGGCGUGACUGUAUUCACCAUAGGCAUUGAAAAUGCUGAUUACACCCAGUUAACCCAGAUAGCAUCAUAUCCUCGACAGCAAUAUGUUACUAAGCUGACGGCAUUUUCUGACCUGCCAAAAAAAGCCAGAACUUUACAAAAGAAACUCUUGAAUCAAAUUCAGGACAAGCUGUAUGUCCAGUCUGAAAGAAAAGAACUACUUAAAGCAGGAUGUGUGGACACAGAGGAAGCUGAUAUUUAUGUCCUCAUUGAUGGCUCAACAAGCAUUUCUCCUGCUCCCUUCGGAGACAUCAAAACAUUUUUGAAGGAAGUGAUUAAGAUGUUUAACAUAGGACCAAAUAAAGUUCGCUUUGGAGCUGUGCAGUUCUCACAUCACAAAAGACUGGAGUUUGAACUUGAUGAAUACAGCAACACAAAUGAUUUAGAAAGGGCCAUCGACAACAUUAGGCAAAUAUAUGGGGAUACCCAUAUUGGAGAAGCUUUGACUUUCAUGCAGCCACUAUUUAAAAGGGCAAGGGAGCAGAGAGCUGGCAGGGUGCCUUGUUACCUCAUUGUUCUAACAGAUGGGGAGUCACAUGACAGUGUGAAGGAGCCUGCUGAGAGACUGAGGAAUGAGAAGGUUAAUAUUUAUGCCAUUGGUAUAAAAGGUGCAAAUGAAGCACAGCUCCAUGAGAUUGCAGGGUCAAAGAGCAGGACUUUCUUUGUUCAAGAGUUUGACUCCUUGAAAAACAUAAAAAAUGAAAUUGUUCAAAAGAUCUGUUCUAAAGAAGGUAAGGGAAAAUUUUGA